CCCGGCACGCUUCGAAGUCUUCACGGGAGUUCGGGUUCACGCGAGAUUCUCACAUGACGACGGGACUUUCUUCGGAACUCCAGGAGUUCGCAGGCUGUGUUUACUCAAAUAUACGACUGUGCCGUGAAUGGCGAGAGCGAUCUCACCUUCCUCCUCCUCCUCCUCCGCGAAGGAAGCAGACGUAACUCGGAUCAGACAUUCGUUUCGACCGCGAGGGGAGCUAAAAUAGUUGUGAAGCGCGCCUUCAUUGUAAUGACACACAUAUACGCGGCGGAAAAACGUGCUUGCAGCGAGGGGAGAUUACGCGGCAGCUUGUUUAUUGCGAGAUCCUCUGCGCGCAGGCAGGAUCAUAACAAGACAAUCGCGACGUGGGCUCUUUAUACGCUCUUUCAGCGGGUAAAAAGGAACCAGAAAAAAAGGAAGACCCGGCCUAUCGCAUUCUGAGGAAGAUAAAAUGACUCGACUCGGCAUUGUGAGUGAACGCGGUCAAUGCGUUCCAAUCAGUCAAUUUGCGACACGUCGCGAGGAAAGGUUCAGUCGCGUUUUCGCGGAGAAGUGCGACAAGUGCAUCUCAUCGAGUCUGCGCUGUUCGUUCAGCAAAACGUGCGCACACACGUUUCUCUCUAAAUCAUUAAAAAGUAUCUUGCAUCUUGGAAAUUGUUCAAUACAUAUGUCGGCGCCUGUGAUAUUCACGGACGGAGAAAUCGUGUGUGAGAGAGAGAGAGAGAGAGAGAGAGAACCCUUUCUUAUCUUACUAAAAGAGAACCACAUAAGUUUCAUUCGACACGAAAGCGCGUCGUCGCCUCCGCUGCAUCCGACGCUCUUUUCCGAGGCUUCAUCAACAAUACUUACGCGACGCGACCGUCAAACGAUCGAAGACGCUCGACCAUACGUACCCUGCGCUGGCUUUGGCAACCGGAAGCGAUCCGCGGAGUCCUCGAGACGGAGACCGGUGACCGCGCGCGAGCGGCGAUCGCACAACGGGAUGCACCGCCUGAGGUUAAUUGUGCGUUACGACGUCGAUGAAGUCGACACGCGGUGCCCGCCCAAUUAUCGCAAUUGUGCGCGCCGCGUUGGUCAUCAAGUUCCAGCGGUAUACAACAUCUUCUUCGGUAUACAACAUUUACAUAACAUCGUCGUCAGUGCAAUAUUCGAAAACAACACUUACGCGGUGCAACAGUUACCUCUGUGCAAUGUCAUUGCGUUGAAAUUUCACCUGUUCUCCGAGAUACAUAUACGCUUAUUUCGGGAGGAGUGGAUGUUCAGUGAGAAAACCCAAUCGCUGGGAACGAGUUCUCUCUCGUUGGACCAUCGCUCCUGCGUUUCAAAGUGCCCCAAGGGGAUCAGUGUGUUCGGCCGCUUUGAAAUUCGAUGUACACUCGCAUAUCUGCGGUGCAACCGACGAAAUCACCGACUCGAACUUGGACCAUCAGACACACGUCCGCUGGGUUCUCGCACCUUCGCACCCACGCGACGGCCGUUCAAUCACGACCGGUGAUCGUAAAGCCCGUAUCGCGGCUGCCAGCGCGACCAUGAAAAGAGCCGAUCACGCUUGGCCUCGAUCGGCUCACCUAUCGUGACACGACUGGUUCAGGUGCGAACGAACGCUUGCCAGCCAGGAAAAUCGACGCCGAUCCAAACGCGCUUGUCCACGAGGACGAAGACGAGUCGACACUUCCGCUCACUGUCAUCCUCGCGUCUCGGCGAUAUUAUAUGUAUGUAAUUAUCCACCCUCCUUUCCAGUCCGCGCGUUUGUCGUCGAAAGCGAGAAGAAACGAACAAGUUGGACCAUAUAUAUAUAUAUAUAUAUAUAUAUAUAUACUCAUUAAAUAUCAUUGCUGAUUAAAUAUCAUAGCGUCGGGCUUGUCCUCGAGCGUGUGCCGCGACAAGUCGCGCCAAUGACCGAUCCGCGCGGAUUCGAGCGGCACUUUCUACGUGUGAGUGCGAAAGUGCCGUUUCCGGCUGCUUUGUUCGAAAACAUCUCGCGGCCGUCGAAAGAAUCCACCCGGCCGAAUGAAGCCGAUAACGAGCUGCCGUUCGCGGACGCCGUUCGCGAGAUACCUCCGCGACGCGAGACGCAACGCGGACGCGAGGAAUAUUAUCCUGCACUUUCUCCGAACAGGCGAAAUAUGCAGUUCAGAGGAACAACUUCAGCUCUCUUCUUCUUGCCUCAUUUUUCGCGCCUCUACGGGCACUUUUGUACGUGACGGGACCUGAAUUACAUAAAACGGGGGAGAUUGCCGCGCGAGCCACGCGCGAGCCGGAGCGACGCGCGAUUUAAUCCCGUCUCGCCUUGGACACCGUGAAAGCUAAUUAUGACGACGGGAUCUCGUGCAAGAAGCGCAUUGAAAUAUUAGCAUAACACGACUGACGGCCGAGUGUUUCUUCGGCUUAUUGUGAUUACAAUUUACAUCGCUCGGGGAGAUAUCGCGGUCUGUAUCCGCGUCGCUCUAAUGGCAUGCAAAACAGCCGGAUUAUCGUGGUAUUACCUGAUUUAAUCAAGACGCUGGUCGUCUGGUCGGCCGAACGCGUCGAUUUAAAAUCGACGCGUAAUCCGCGCGUUCUUACGACGAACUCGACGAUAGAAAGUCGACUGCUACGAUAUUGUGAGUUUCGUAAUAAAAUCGAGGAAUGCUCGUUACGAUCGUGACAUGCCCGCCGGUUUGACAUAACGCUGUUAUUACGAUCGUUGCCGGUUCGUUCGCUUCGGGGACAAGAAUGGAUUAUAACGGCGAACGGAAGCAGGAAACAGGACUGUUCCCCAUUAGUCAUCCUUUCUUUCUUUCUUUUUUUUCAUUAGACGACGAAUGUUUCGUGCAUGACAACCGAGCGACAAGCGUGCGUAUAUAUGAUUCGAAAUACGCGCGCGCACGUCUUUGUUGUGUGUUUCAUCGUGUAAUCUCUUACUUUAAGUGAAUAAAUUUAAAAAGAAUCCGCGCGAAAGCGUGCGUCAGAUGAGUAAUGUUUUGUUGAAAAAUUUUAUCCUUAUCUUGCAUAAUUUAUAGACUAGAGAGAAUAUGGAUCAGACGUAAGAAGCCUGAGGCACAUCGCGAUCAUUUGUAGAAUCUAAAUAAGGGUUGAAUCCUAGCACUCGUCGUUCCGUUACGGUAACGGUAACGGUAACGCUUGUUACGGUGAUCGCGAUGUAUCACAAGAAAACAGACAUUGCACGGUAAUAAUUUGUUGUACGAUACUUUAGAUAAUGUACAUAUAACAUAUAUACCAAAUUACCUUUACACCCUAAGCAAAUUAACUCCUCACAUGAUUGAAUAAUUCUGAUAAUAAACGAUAAUUCUUUCUUGCAUGCAAGAAAAC